AUGGCUCCUUCAAUCAUCGAUAUGAAUCCCCAAGGUCUAGCUCAGCCGCUGGAACUCGAGCAGAAAGAACAAUUAUUCCGGUACAACCAGACUCCCAAGUUAAAGAAGGCACUUGAAAAAGCUAGCCGUGAUUUUCGGUCCGAUGUGGUCACCGUUCCAACCGAAGGAAUGAUGCAGGCAAUCAUAGAAGCUUCUGUUGGAGAUGAUAUCUAUGACCCAGAGGGUGACGCCUCUGUAAAUGCUCUGCAAGACAAGCUCAUCGAGCUGAGCGGCAAAGAAGCUGCUCUAUGGACACUCUCUGGGACUAUGGGCAAUCAGAUAUGCUUGCGUACCCAUCUCACCCAGCCUCCGCAUACGGUGCUUCUUGAUCAUCGAGCCCAUGUCCAAUGCUGGGAGUCUGGUGCACUUCCUGUCUUUUCUCAGGCGGCGGUAACCCAAGUACACCCUAAGAAUGGGGUUCAUCUCACCCUUGACGAUGUUAAAAGGAACAUGAUAGCAGAUGGAAAUAUUCACUUCCCACCGACUCGCGUGGUUUCCUUGGAGAAUACCCUCAGUGGGACUAUUCUUCCCCUCAAAGAUGCAAAGGAGAUAUCGGAGUUCGUACGCAACUUCCCUGUUCCGGCUGAUCAGAAGCCAAUCGCCAUGCACCUGGACGGGGCACGACUCUUUGACGCCGUAGCUGCAGAAGGAGUGGAUCUCAAAGAGUAUUGUGCCUGCUUUGACUCGAUAAGUUUUUGCCUGGCAAAAGGUGUCGGUGCCCCCAUGGGCAGUGUCAUCGUCGGAACCAAGAGAUUUAUCGAGAGAGCAAAAUGGUAUCGCAAGAUGUUUGGUGGAGGUACUCGUCAGCCCGGUAUGAUGGCUGCUGCUGCCUCUGCCGCUCUGGAUUAUACUCUUCCCCGACUCUCUGCAGUGCACACAAUGACUGCGAGUGCAGCGAAAGAAUUAGAGACCGUGGGAUACAAGUUUGCGCUUCCGGUACAAUCAAACAUGAUCGUUCUCGACCUCGAAGUAGUGGGGAUUCCUCCCGCUGCAUUCGUUGGGUAUUGCACGGAUAAUGAGCUUGGAGUUUUUCCGAAUGGAAGGUUGGUGUUCCAUCAUCAGACAUCACAGGAUGCGGUUUCAAGGCUGCUUAAGGCUUUGAGACAAUUGAUGAGCGACAAAGAGGCUGGUGUUCAUAUGAUAAAUGAUAAGGUGACUGGGGGAUAUUCCUGA